CGCGUGGUGUUUAGUUUUCCUGUGAUAGACACGGCUAGUUAGCAUUUAGCAGCUAUCAGCAUUAGCCCCUCAGGUAAACACACAGGCUGACAGGGAGAGGACGGCUCACACACAGCUGCUGUGCUCUCAGGAAAGGUUGUCUGCUAUAAGUGGCAGGCAGCCCGUGGAUUACACUGUUAAAGCUAAGUUAAUACGAUGAGCUCAGGAUACCCUCACUGUCAACACCGUGCUGGAAUUAGCUCAACACAGGCAAUGUCCAUAUUAAAUUAUGAGUAACGUCCCUCAACAACGAAUUUCUACAACACAACAAACACAGGCCAGUGUGUCCAUCUGGGGAUGGGGGGGUCUUGGAGUCGUGCUGUUCCUCGUCACCUUUGGACCCUUUGCCAUAUUCUACCUGGCCUUUUAUAUCUUCUGCUUCAUUGUAGGGGGCUUUGCGGUCACUCUGCUCUAUGGAAAGAUCAACUCGGAGAAACACCUGGAAAAGUGCGAGCACUCCUACUUGGCCCCCACACAAAUUGGUAUACUAAAGACAUUGGAUGAGAUGAAGUUGGAGAUGAAGCCUAUAAAAAUAGACAGGAGACUGACUGGCUCCAGUUUUAUAGAUGAACCACUACAACAGGUGAUCCAGUUUGCUCUGAGAGAUUAUAUCCAGUACUGGUACUACACUCUGAGCGAGGAUGAGUCCUUCCUAUUGGAGAUCAGACAGACGCUGCAGAAUGCCCUCGUCCAGUUCUCUACACGGUCCAAAGAGGUGGACUGGCAGCCUUACUUCACUACUCGCCUGGUGGAUGACUUUGCCACCCAUUUACGUGUCUUCAGAAAAGCCCAGGACCGCCUCGCAGAAAGAGAGGACAAGCAAAGGGACAUAACGGAGGAGCUGGUGGACUCCUUCUUUGAGGCCGAGGUGGAGAUGGAAAGGAAGAUUUGUCGAGACGUGGUGUGCACUUCACACAAAGAUGAAGAAGGUUUUCUUAGGGACUUGUGUGAGUUGCUUCUGUAUCUGUUACUACCUCCUGGAGAUUUCCACAACAAGAACAUGAGAUACUUCCUUAGGGAGGUGCUGGCCCGUGGUGUUCUACUUCCUCUGAUCAACCAGCUUAGCGACCCAGACUACAUCAAUCAGUUUGUCAUCUGGAUGAUACGGGACUCUAGCUGUAAUUAUGAAGCCUUCAUGAACAUCCUGAAGCUGACAGACAAGCCCUCUGAGCUGGAGGCGGUGAAGGACAAGGUGCUGGAGGAGCUGCAGUACCUCCGCUCCCUGGACACCGCCGGAGAUGACAUCAAUGUGAUCAAGAACCAGAUCAACAGUCUUCUGUUUGUGAAGAAGGUGUGUGAGACGCGGAUCCAGAGACUACACUCUGGCAAGGAGGUGGAUGCCCUGAAGCUGGCAGCCAACUUUGGCAAACUGUGUGUUAUCCCUCUGGAUCACAUCCUCAUCCACAACAUAGCCCUGCAGUUCUUCAUGGACUACAUGCAGGCGGCGGGGGCCCAGGCAGAGCUGUUCUUCUGGCUCACUGUGGAGGGCUACAGGGUGACGGCGCAGCAGCAGCUGGAGGCCAUGCAGAACUGGCAGAAAGAUGGCAAGAAGCAGCCCAGCAACACUAAGGGGCUGCUGAAGGCCGCUGCACUGGGCGUCUAUGAACAAUACCUCUCGGACAAGGCGUCGCCCCGGGUGCAGGUGGAUGAAGCGUCCGUUAUCAAACUAGGGGAGAAGCUCCAGAAAGACGACCCCACACCAGAGAUAUUUGAUGAAAUUCAGAAAAGUGUGUAUGACAUGAUGCUACGAGAUGAGCGCUACUACCCCUCCUUCAAGCAGAGUCCGCUCUACGUCCGCAUGCUAGCCGAGCUGGACAUGUUGAAAGAGCCGAGCUACCGGGGGUCUGAUGACGGGGAUGGAGAAUCCUUCAAUGGCUCUCCCACAGGAAGCAUAAACCUAUCUUUGGACGAUUUGUCCAACUCCUGCCAUGAUGAUACUUUGCACCUACAUGCCUUCAUCUCUGACACAGGGGUGUGCAACGACCACGGUAAGACCUACGCGCUGUACGCCAUCACGGUGUUCAGACGCAGCCAUGACGGCAGUGAGGACUGCUGGAAGACCUAUCGCCGCUACUCCGACUUCCACGACUUCCACAUGAGGGUCACUGAACAGUUUGAGAACCUGGCGUCGAUUCUCAAGCUGCCAGGGAAGAAGACCUUCAACAACAUGGACAGAGACUUCUUGGAGAAGAGAAAAAAAGACCUCAAUUCUUACCUGCAGUUGCUGAUGAACCCAGAGAUGGUGAAGGCCUGUCCAACUCUGAUUGCUUAUGUCUAUGACUUCCUCGAGAACAAAGCCUACAGCAAGGGCAAGGGAGAGUUUGCACGCAAGGUGGACACAUUUGUAAAUCCUCUGAGGAGCUCCAUAAGAAACGUGUCCAACGCAGUGAAGUCUCUGCCGGACAGUCUGGCGGAGGGCAUGAAUAAGGUCACUGAUAACAUGGGCCGCAUGUCAGAGAGACUCGGGCAGGACAUUAAACAGUCCAUACUCAAGGUGCCUCCACUCCUCCCUAAGACUGACAUCGACCCCGAACACUGUCGAGUCUCUGCUCAGCUCGAUGACAAUGUGGAUGAUAACAUACCGCUGAGAGUAAUGCUGCUACUGAUGGACGAGGUGUUUGACCUUAAGGAGAAAAACCAGUGGCUGCGCAGGAACAUAAAGAACCUGCUGCAGCAGCUCAUCAGAGCCACGUAUGGAGACACCAUCAACAGAAAAAUUGUGGAUCAUGUGGACUACAUGACCUCACCGGAGCAGGUUGCAGACUACGUCAAGAAGUUCAGGGACUCUUACUGGCCCAACGGUAUUUUGGCUGAGACGCUGCCCCGCCGGGACAAAAACAUCCGCCAGAGGACACGAAUAGCUGCCAAGACCAGUCUGCUGGGCAUCAUGCCAGACGAGCUGAAACACAUCAUCGGAGCAGACACCACGAGGAAGGGCAUCCUCCGCGUCUUCGACAUGUUUCAGUACCAGCCCAUGAACCGCCGGCUAGUCUACGUUUUCCUGGAGGGCUUCUUGGAGACGAUGUUCCCCCAGUACAAAUUCCCCGAGCUCUUUGUCAAGCUGCACUCCCGCUCGCCACGCAUCCACAAAUAUAGUCAGAAACUCAAAUCUUCCUCCCUCAAGAGGUGACAGGAGAGGACCGAGGCGACGGGACACGGGCCGACUACACACACACAGACUUGAGAGCUGAGAGUGAGAGUGAGGGGGGGUGGAUGUGAACGUUGAGGUAUCUGUGUGAUUUCUGCCCCUUCUACUUCCCUCACACACUCUUUUCAGUGAAAACACUCCGAUUAUCCAUCUGAGUGUUUCGGUGGUCACAGAACUGAAGGAGGAACAACACACACUCUGCCCUCCUCUCACCCUGUGACACACACACACACAAAUUACUGUAAUUUGCACCAAGACUGGACAUGGCAGUCUUUUGUCUUAGUUUAGAUAUUUUCUUCCUCCUUUUUUUUAAAAACAUUUUUAGUUGUGUUUAGCUUCAUCACGGGCCAGUCAAUGCUGCUUUCUCCCGGUCCUGACUCCAGAGAGCAGACCUUACUGUAUUAUUUUUUAAAUGCAGGAGUAGUUAGCAUAGACCCACACCUUGCCUUACCUCCCCGCUUCUGUCUCUUGGCCCCGACACGCCGCACCAUCUCAGUGACCCGCCCACUCAGCUGUGGUCACACUUACCCUCGUGCUGUAAACAUUUUAUCUGCAAAAGCUGCACACUUGCAAACCAUUUUUCAUAGCAACCAAAUAUGUCAAUAGCACUGGGUUGAAAAAGGCGCUGUUUUCAAAAAAUGUGACUGAACAAAUAUUGGACGAAAGAGACCAUUUCGAUUUUUAUUGUCUGCAUUUUUUCCCAGCUUCAAUGCCUCUCUCGAGACAGGAUGAGUUUUUUGUUUCUAGCUCCACCUCCCCUUUAAAGCUACUUUCACCACCUGAGACGACCAAAGCUCAUGCUGUUCCACACCUGUGUGUGUGCACUGGUUUGAUGUUGGAACACUCUGAACAUUACUGUGCUUCAUAUCCUAAUCAUGUGAGGAGAGAUAAUGCAAAGUUGACCUUUAACGACCUCAGAGGUGAGGCUGUGAGGACACAUGAAGUGUGUUACAGUUGUGGGAGGCUCAGCUCUAGCUGUCAAAGCGCACUAACAAAGAAUGUACCCUCUGGUGUAGUGUAUUUGGCUCAUGUAGAAUUAUGUGUGAAUGUGUGUGUUUUGAAGAUGCAACCCUCUUCAGUCAGAAACUGUGCCAGUGUGAGCUAGUUAACCAGCCUUAAACGUACUAUAAACUGACCAAGAGACGCACGCUAGAGGUAGCUCUCCUUCACUCGACUGAACGUUACAAAGGACAUCACUAUAGAUAUAUGGAAAUAUAUCCCUAUUCACUUUUAUUCAGAGAAAAUUUCUUUAAUUUUGUGCAAUAUUUGUUACUUUAAUGCAUGUGCAUUUUGAAUCAUUGUAUACUGAAAAAGUCAAUCAUAUCGUUUUAAUAGUAGAAAACACGAGAAGUUUCCCCAGAAAUGUCUUCUUGUUCCAACAACUCUACAUUCCGUUGUUGUAAAAGUACAAAGUUUAUUUUACAGACUUGUUUUAUAAGUCUGAUUUUUUUUUUUUGUGGUGUGUGUGUGGGGGGUAUUUUACACUUAUCCCUCGUCCACUCGUGCAGCAUCUGUGUUGUGGGUAUGGAUUGGACAGUGGUCGGGGGUUUUCCUUGUCGCAGCCCGAUGUUUAGCUCAUUGGGCCUCAAACUACAAACUGCUUCUUUUUAACUCAUAAGUGGUGUUUUAUGCAUUAAGCCUGUUCUGUUGAGUGUGAACAGACCCCCCUCCCCUCUUGUCUAUUGGCUCACAGGAGAGCCAUGUCCUGUGACCAAUCAAAUCACUGCGAAUGAGCACUUACCGUAGCAAACUGUGGGAGGGCCAGUUCUCCCAUUGGCCAGACGGAGGCCCAUCCUGCUGCAGCCAUUGGAUGGACCCCCGUCGUCUGCUUUGCUUGCACUGAGCAGCCCUGGUGGACUCUGAUUGGCUGAGUAAAAGGACAUGAACUGGAGCCGAUAACUAGGAAGUGAAUCUUUUGUUCCCACGGUGGAGGAGGUGUCACUUUUAACUUUCUGCACAUCUCUUCAUAUCGGAAGGCUUGUCUUUUUUUUUAACCCCAGUAUUUAUGAAUCUAUGAUAAUGAAAGUGUGCAUAUAUGUGUACAGUAUGUGUUAAUAGUGUGCCUAAAUGUACUGUCAACUCUAUUUUCAUAUUUUUCUUCAACCUAAAAAAAAAAAAUCAGAAUGUCAUGAUCAUUUUACGCAACUGAAAAUGACUUUAGGGUGUUUUUUUGCAUCAUGCUUAUCAAACUCUUCCUUGUGAGCAAUUGUGCUCCGAUCAGUAUAACACUAAUAAAAGGUAACUCAGACUAACUGACCCACGA